AUGGCCGAAGCCCCUUACGAUCCCUACCGCCCCAGGAAUGAGGAAGCUGGUGGUGGUGGUGACUCCAGGACCCAGGCGUUGCAAGCGCAAAUCGAUGACACCGUAGGUGUUAUGCGUGACAACAUCAACAAGGUCUCCCAGCGUGGCGAGCGCCUCGACACCCUUCAGAACAAGACCAACGAUCUGGCUACAUCGGCUCAAGGUUUCCGCCGGGGCGCCAACCGGGUCCGCAAGCAGAUGUGGUGGAAGGAUAUGAAGAUGCGUGUCUGUCUGAUCGUUGGUAUUAUCGUGUUGCUGCUGGUUAUCAUUAUCCCAACAGUCAUUGCGACGAGGAAAUAA